UUGUCAUUCUUCUCACCUUCAAAAACACCAUCUCAGUCCCUUGCUUAGCGAAUUCACAAAUUUCGAUUUCAAUAUCAAAAUCAACCACGAUGAGUUCCACAGAGGUAUCAGCAGCAGCAAAGAAGGGUGGAAGGGGCAAGCCCAAGACCACAAAAUCUGUUUCUCGUUCCUCCAAAGCUGGUCUACAAUUUCCUGUUGGCCGUGUGGCUCGUUACCUCAAAGCUGGUCGCUAUGCACAGCGCGUUGGAUCCGGUUCUCCGGUUUACCUCACUGCGGUUCUUGAAUACCUUGCUGCUGAGGUUUUGGAACUUGCGGGAAAUGCCGCGAGGGACAACAAGAAGACGAGAAUUAUUCCGAGGCACAUUCAGCUUGCGGUGAGGAACGACGAGGAACUGAGCAAACUCAUGGGAUCUGUAACCAUAGCUAGCGGCGGGGUUCUGCCCAAAAUUCAUCAGAAUUUGCUGCCGAAGAAAGCUGGGAAGGGAAAAGCUGAAAUUGGAUCUGCUAGUCAGGAGUUUUAGAUUUUACGGCUUGAUGUCAUAUGUUAGAGUCUUUGAUCACUUCAAUGUAGUUUUGAUAUGCUUAUAUUAGGAUUCAGAUGGGAUGAUGUAUAGUCCUUCAGCUUGUGAAAAAUAAUUAUUUGUUUUCUCACUAUAA